CUUAUUAGUCAAAACUUCACCAACCAAAGAGAGGAAAACCGUCAUGUAAGAAAAAUCAAUUGGCAAGUGCUACACAAAGAAACGAUCUAUUUCACCAUUCAUUGUGUGUUAAGAAAAACAAAAGGAGAUUAAGAUAUACCCUUUUGAGUUUUGGCUUAAAAUAAGGACAUAAAAUUGUCAAACCUGCACCAAACCAUUCUAAUGUUUUUGCAACAUUUCCAAAAUCUCUCUACCGAAAAUUUUCUUAACCUUUUUCUUAAUUUCCAUUGAAAAUCUUUAUCAUCAAAAGCUUUUUAUCCAACUUCUGAUGAAUUGUUUUUCCUUCAAGAUAAUGAUUGAUAAGUCUCAGUAUUUAUAGUACAGAAACACACACGCCCAUGGCUUAUUCAUCGAGUGAUGCUGAUCCAGACACACUGCUGUAUGAAAUGGUUUCUCUAUUGAAAGUUCUGGGGCUCAGCUUGUGGCUCUACUUGGCCAGUCACGGCUCGACAACAGUCGUUUCUCAGAGUCCUGCAGUUGCUAAUGGUACAGUACAUAUUGAUGGAGCUUCCUCAAUAGGAAUGAUAGAUGAUGACUUCAUUUGUGCCACAAUGGAUUGGUGGCCUCCCACAAAAUGCGACUAUGGAACUUGUAGUUGGGGUAGUGCUUCACUUCUCAAUCUGGAUCUAAGCAACAAGAUUUUGCUGAAUGCGAUCAAAGCCUUCUCUCCCCUAAAACUUAGACUUGGUGGAACUUUGCAAGACAAAGUCAGAUACCAGACGACAGAUGAUCCCAGACCAUGCAAUCAAUUUGUUAGGAAUAGCUCAGAGAUGUUUGGAUUUACUGAAGGUUGCUUGCCCAUGUCACGUUGGGAUGAGUUAAACAAUUUCUUCAAAAUGGCAGGAGCAGAAGUUAUAUUUGGUUUGAAUGCAUUAACUGGACGCACAAUAGGAUCAGAUGGUACUAGUACAGGAGCUUGGGAUCCUCGCAAUGCAGAAUCCCUUAUAAGGCACACUGUUAAUAGUGGCUACACUAUCCAUGGUUGGGAGCUUGGAAAUGAACUGAGUGGGAAUGGCAUAGGAGCAAGUGUUGCAGCGGAGCAAUAUGCAUAUGAUGUGAUAACACUCCAGAAAACGGUGCAAAAUAUUUAUCAAGGCUUUGAGAAGAAGCCACUAGUCCUCGGACCAGGAGGGUUCUUCCUUGCAGAUUGGUUUACAAAGUUCAUAAAUGGAGCAUCUGGCUCUCUUCAAGUGGUUACGCACCACAUUUACAACCUUGGUCCUGGUGUGGAUAAUCACCUGAUAGACAAGAUACUGGAUCCAUCAUAUCUUGACGGUGGAGCACAGCCCUUUAGGGAUCUUCGAAAUAUUCUCAAAAGCUUGGGAACUUCAACUGUGGCAUGGGUUGGUGAAGCAGGAGGGGCUUAUAACAGUGGCCGCAAUCUUGUCACCAAUGCAUUUGUGUUUAGCUUUUGGUAUCUGGAUCAGCUGGGAAUGUCUUCCUCUUAUGAUACUAAAACAUACUGCAGACAGUCUCUGAUUGGUGGAAACUACGGUUUGCUCAACACUACCACUUAUGUCCCAAAUCCUGAUUACUACAGUGCACUUCUUUGGCACCGUCUGAUGGGAAGAAAAGUUCUAUCAACGAGCUUCGUGGGGACGAACAAGAUUCGUGCAUAUGCUCACUGUGCAAAGAAUUCACCUGGAGUCACAUUGCUGUUGAUCAACCUGGAUAACAGCACUGCAGUUCAGGUUGGCCUUUCAGUUGAAAAUAUUGUUCAACAAACCCGAAAGACAAAAUUCACAAGCAUCUACAAACACCAUACCGAAUUUGAGAUGAUGAGAGAAGAAUACCAUCUAACCCCAAAAGAUGGUGAUUUGCAUAGCCAAACAAUGCUUCUGAAUGGGGAAAUAAUAACUGUAAAUUCUUCAGGGAUGAUACCUCCACUGGAACCCAGAAGAGUUGACCUCUCAGAACCAAUAACUGUUGCUCCUUUCUCAAUUCUAUUUGCUCGGAUACCCUCCAUUCAGCUCCCAGCUUGUAAAUAAAGCAUAAUCAGAUGGCUGUAUAUCAUUGCCAAUGUGGUUUUACACGAAGAUCUUUAGUUAA